AACUGUCCGAGUGAACGGACGUGCGCGCGCGCAAACUGAAAGUGGAAGCAAAUCGAAAAUCGAAAGAGAGGCAAGACAAGAGAUCGGAUCUCCCACUCACACUCGCAGUCGCGCUCGCGCCAGAAAAAGUUUUACCAAUCAAGUUUUUUAUUUCGCAAUAAAACAAAAAGAAAAAAACAAAACUUCAACCUAGUUAAAGUUAAUGUUGCUGUUGUAGUUGUGCUGAUGUAGUGAACUUUUGUGAGUGUGUCCGUGUGCAUUGGUAUUGUAUUGUGUGGAUUUCGGUGUCUCAGUGUUGGUGGAUAUUUCUUGCGUUGCGUCGCAGAAGAAGAAGCAGCAGGAAAAGCCAAAGAGAAAUUUAUAAAUCCACUCCUGUGAAAAUUGGCAUAAAACAAACACAUAAACAAAAGGAUUUACCCAAACAAAACAUGAUCAAUGAAAUCGAAAGUUGUCUGUGAGCAGUAUGCACAUUGCCGAUCGCUGGGAAUAAGCCAUCAGAACAGAAAGUGAGAAAGUGAAUGACUAAAUUCGUCCUGGGAGUAACUAACUGCUGAACAACCAACUUAAUGAAAGAGUUUCAAAGAAUGUUGAUGUUGCAAUACAGCAAGCAUGGCGAGUGCAUACUCAAAGAAAUCGGAGCAGCCUUUAGAGGAGAGCACCCGGCGGACCUGACCAUCGUCUGCGAGAACAAAGUGAAGCUGCACGCCCACAAGCUGGUCCUGGCGGCCGCCAGUCCGCUGAUAAGGAACCUGCUUGAGGAUACCCACUUGAGCGACUGCUCUACAACCGUAUACUUUCCCGACGUAAAUGCCACCUACUUCAAGUUCCUGCUUGACUUCCUGUACUCCGGACAGACGUGCAUCACCUCGCGGGACGUGAACUACCUGCACGACCUGCUGUUGCUGCUGCAGAUUAAGUCGGACAGCUGGAAGACCACCGAUUCCGCCUAUCUGAGUAACAAGUGCGGCAGCCAUCGGGACCAUCGAACGGACCGGCGCAAGCAGCAGUACACCAGCCCGCAAAAUCUGGAGCCGGAUCAGACGCUUAAGUACGAGGUGGACAGCGUGGAUGAGUCGCGCAAUGCGGCCGAUUUCUCAUCCGCGUUCAACUCCGGCGAUAAUUGCGAGAGUGCGCCCGAAUGCGAGCGGAGUGCCGGCGGCCACAACAAGGAGGAGGACGAGGACGACUGCACCCACAAGGACAACAAAAGCGACAAAGACACGGACGAAAUAGUAAAUCUCUCGAAUGCCCCGCCUAGCGGAACCAGCGGCAGCAACAGCAACAUCAGCAGUAGCAGCAACAACCACCAGCAGCAACACCACCACCACCACAACAACAACAAUAAUAAUAAUAACAACAACAGUAGUUCAGCUAUAAAUCCCGUCAACCUUUCACUCGACCUUCGGACAAAGAGCGAGAACUCGGCGAGCAGAGCUCUGGGAUCCGGAUCAGACCACAGCGGCAUCGACCUAGCGGUGGCGGCGAGUGAAAGCACGAAACGCAAGGGUCUGUUCUUUGAUUCGCACAAGGAUGUGAUGAAGCCGCUGUCCGAUGGUUCAGAUAUGAACAGCUCGCCGGAGAACUAUGUGGUCACGCCACACAGGAAGCGGCGACCCGGAUUUCAUAACACGCAGUGCGACAACCAGCCGUUCACCUCGUACCCACACAGUCUGCUAGAGGAACUGCGUCUGGCCAAGUCGACGACGUCGCCCAUCUCAGGCUUUGGAUCGGAGAAGAAUAUGCUGGCGCACCUGGAGGACGGAGCACUCAAUGGGGACACCCUGACGCCGGACAGAAAGCAUCUGCUUGAAGCGCAGCGAAAUCGAGCCCAGAGUCCCGAGAUGCCGAUGCACCUAGGGCCCCAGUUCGUGUACCAAUGGCAGUCCAACCAGAAUGCAGCCAUGUCCGCAAUGCCCAAUCUGCAGUCGCGACUUUCUAGUCUGUCGCACAUUAGCCUGAAUCUAGACCAUCCAGAGGGGCGCAGUGGGUCUGCCUCGGGAUCCGGAUCGAAUAUGGCCGGCAGCAACACGCACGCCUCCUCGGUACGGGAGUAUCGAUGCGAGUACUGCGGCAAGCAGUUCGGCAUGUCCUGGAACCUCAAGACCCAUCUGCGCGUCCACACCGGCGAGAAGCCGUUCGCCUGCCGUCUCUGUGUGGCAAUGUUUAAGCAGAAGGCCCACCUGUUGAAGCACCUGUGCUCCGUCCACCGGAACGUAAUCACCACCACCAAUGGGGCGGACACGGAGAACCGAUACAGCUGCUGCUUCUGCUCCAUGUGCUUCGAGUCGGUCCAGGAGCUCGUCCGCCACCUGUCCGGCCACCACAACAACCUGCUGCUGACGAAGAAUCUGCGCGAAUAGUAUCUGGCGGGCUUCGACAACCGAGUAUCCCAUCUGUCCGAUAGAUCCGCCGGACGGACAACUGCAAAGAGACCUGAAUUUUAAAUAUAUGAAAUACAAUCGUACGGUAACAGUAGCAGAUUUAAUUGCCUAUUGUAUAAAUAUGUAAAAUUUUCAUUUAAAUCGUAAGUUUACCAACGCAACACAUUCUGCUCGAUCAUAUUUCACCCAACGCCAACGGUCUGGAGCUCCACAUUCGAAUCCGCAUGAUCCUCGACUAUCGAUCCUUUCCAAUGCGCACGCCGGAGGCCACUCACGUUGUUUUCUCAUUUAAGUUUUAUUCGACAUCCAAUCCCAAACCCCCUGCAAAUGCACCCACUACCACUCCCACUACGACCCCCAAUUCUUUUAUAAGCGGCUGGUCCAUUCACAGUGGAGCACUUAUUUUGUAAGCAUAUUUUUAUACGCGAGGUAUUUUUAAUUUCUAUUGUAUUUCCAACCCGUCUUACAUGAACUUUAUUACCUAAACCUAAACCUAGAAAUUUUUAUAGUUUUGAUACACUCUUUCAUGUUAAGAUUUUACAUAUUCCCUCCUAAAAUCGCCAAUAAAAGUGUGUAAAGUGUACAGUAUAAUUUCGCAAGCUCAUAAUAAAAUCAGAAAAGCAUUUCCGUUUUGUUUAUACUCUUUCAAUUUUAGAAAUAUAUUUUAUGUUAAACCGA